GAUGUUGGCAGAGACGAGCAUCCAAACAAAUGCAUGGACAUCGACUUGCUUCUGUACCAGUUCCAGAGACGAUGGUGGCCUCUGUGCUCGCCUUGUUCACCUCAAGUAAACAUGUUCAACCUAAUGAGCAACUGGUGCAGCUGGGUCUCCAAAAUACAAGAGCCAGUCAGAAAAGUGACCAUUUCUGUGGUUGGUCUUGACAAAGCAGGAAAAACCUCCUCCAUCAGAGGACUGCUGAGAGUCCACCACGGCGUGGAAGCAGGACCCACUCACGGCUGUGUACGAAACGAGCUGAGGGUGGAGAACUACCUGGUCACCCUGUUGGACGUGGGAGGUUCGGCGGAGUCGAGAGGAGACUGGAGGGAGCUCUACUCUGAGGCCCACGGGCUCAUCUUUGUGGUGGACUCCAGUGACAGGCAGAGGAUGAAGGAGGUCAGGGACGUUCUGGCUGAUCUGCUGAAGCAGCCAAGAGUGGCUGGGAAACCCAUACUCGUGUUGGCAAACAAACAGGACAAAAUGAACGCGUUGCUGGGAAGUGAGCUGAUUGAGACUCUGUCUCUUGAAAAGCUGGUCAACCAGAGCCGCUCUCUGUGCCAUAUUGAGCCUUGUUCAGCCUUAAUGGACUUGCGGCGCUGGUCGGACAGAAAGACCCUGCGAGGACUUCGCUGGCUGCUGCGUGCCGUGUAUUUGGAUUAUGCUGAGCUGUGUAUCCGCGUAGCCAACGACAGCAAGAGGCCUCUGGAGACGAGAGAGAGGGAGAAGAAUGGAAAAACAAAGAAAACGCGCAGGAAAACCAGGGCAGAGCAAAUGCAGUCCAGCAAGUCAGAUCUUCGCCAGGUUCAUCGGCCAAAAGACAAGGAGAAAACGAGCAAGGGCGAAGGAAAGCUGCAACCCAUUCGGAACAUGCUGCAAAAGGAGUCGACAAUUAAAAAGAAGCUGAAAUCAAAGAGGAAGAACAAGCCAGUUAAGGACAAAGGAGGUGAAAAAGAACAAGAUGAAGCAAAUGAACAGAGGGAGGAAGAGGAGGGUGACAGUAAUGAAGGAGACCAGGACAACUCUGGUCAACAAGCCAGCAGUGCCCUGAUCCUGCCCAAAAAGGGCAAAAUGAACCGCAAACCAAAAGUGAAAAAAGAGACCGUGGACACGCCAGAGUCUCUGGACAACGACGAGAAGCCACUCAAAGCCAAAGGGGAAAAGAGGAAGAAGAGGAAAGUUGUGAAAGUGAAAAGGAAGAAUAAGAUCAACACAGAGGAGAUGCCGAGAGCUUACUCUCAACCCGUGGACCUCUCUGCAACCUUUGAUCUUUACCGGAAAGCCAUACUUGCCCUGAAGGAACGUCAGGAACAGAGGCAGUGACAGUGAGACCUGGUUGUGUGUCCUGGCACCUGAGAGUGAGGAUGUGGU